AUGUCAACGUCUGCCACCGAGUACCAACAUCAACAGCAACAGCAUCAUCAGCAGCAACCGGGCCAUCAUUCCCACCCGUCGAGGUCGCAGUCGACCCGCUCGCGCCCAACCACAGCGUCCACCACCGUUUCUGGUUCUGGCCCAGCUCCACAUCGCUCUACCUCCCACAACCAUCAUCAUCACCGCGACCAUCAGCACAAUCGCCAAUCCUCCGCAUCCAGCCGCCCCGCUCAGGACGUUUUGCCGCGGGAGGACUAUGAAACGAACAACGUAGCCCAAUAUUCCAAGCGAUCUUCGAGCAAAGACCGUCAUCCGCCUUCCGCCGUCCGAGGUGUCGAUUCAAAGGGUAGCCACCGCCGAAGCAGCUCCCGCUCCGCCACCAAUCCUCCAGGCGACAUGGCUGGUCCGACUGUAGUUGCCAACAACGCAGGUCCGGCUGCCAUUCCACCCGUCAUGCAAGCAGCAGCAGAUGCACGCGCAACGGGCGCCAAGCAGAGGACGACGCGCACCUCGAUUCCAACCCAGUCGGGAAAAUGGAUCCUCGGCAAGACGAUUGGCGCUGGUAGUAUGGGCAAAGUCAAAUUGGCUAAAAAGGAAGACAUGACCGAACAGGUCGCCUGCAAGAUCAUUCCGCGAGGGUCGACCGACGAAGGCCAUCACAGUCGUGCCGACAAAGAAAGGGCAGACCAGUCCAAGGAAAUACGCACCGCGCGCGAGGCAGCUAUCGUGACGCUCCUCGACCAUCCCAACAUCUGUGGGCUGCGAGAUGUUGUUCGCACAAAUUAUCAUUGGUAUAUGCUUUUCGAAUACGUAAAUGGCGGUCAAAUGCUGGACUACAUCAUCUCCCACGGAAAGCUGAAGGAGAAACAAGCACGCAAGUUCAGCCGGCAGAUUGCAAGCGCUCUGGACUACUGCCACCGGAACAGCAUCGUCCAUCGCGACUUGAAGAUCGAGAAUAUUUUGAUUUCCAAGACGGGCGAUAUCAAGAUCAUCGAUUUUGGGCUAAGCAACCUGUUUGCCCCCCGUGGCCAUCUGAAGACCUUCUGUGGCAGUCUUUACUUCGCCGCCCCGGAGCUUUUGCAAGCCCGCGCAUACACUGGCCCUGAGGUCGACGUAUGGAGUUUCGGUAUUGUUCUAUACGUCCUGGUCUGUGGAAAGGUCCCCUUUGAUGAUCAGAGCAUGCCAGCAUUGCAUGCAAAGAUCAAGAAGGGCCUGGUGGACUAUCCCGGCUGGCUGAGUAACGAAUGUCGCCAUCUUCUUUCUCGCAUGCUGGUCACAGACCCUAAGUCCAGAGCCACCAUGCAUGAGGUCAUGAGCCAUCCAUGGAUGAUCAAAGGUUACGGUGGGGGGCCAGAGAAUCAUGUUCCUUUGCGCGAGCCUCUUACGCUCCCCUUGGAACCUGAAGUCAUCAACGCAAUGACCGGCUUUAACUUUGGGCCCCCCGAAGUGAUCAAGGCGCAACUCACCAGGCUAAUCGAGUCGGAUGAGUACAAGCGUGCUGUUCAACUCUUCCAAAAGGAAAAGGACCUACCACCGCCACCCAAGGAUAUUGAAAAGAAAAGAGGCUUUGGGUUCGAUUUUUACAGGCGGAGGAAUUCCGCAACGAGCCGCGACAACCUGACACUUCCCAGCACAGAAGCCCUGGCCCUUGGAAGUGAUCCGUUGAAUGCCUUCAGUCCCCUUGUCUCCAUUUACUAUCUUGUAAAAGAGAAGCAGGGUCGAGACAAAGUGGACGUGGAACCCAAGUCUCACGCGCCGAAGAACGUCGCGGACUCACCAAUGCCCGAGAUUGUGGCCCCGCAGCAGGCUCAUGUCAACACGGCCACGUACGAGAUGCCUGGAGAAAAGGUGACUGGUGGCAGGUCGCGUCCUCGUGCUCGGACGCACGGCGAAGACGACGCUCCGGAAGAAGUCAAGAAGGCUCAAUUUACCCCCGCUGUACCCAACAUCCCCGCCGACGGGCAACUGGAUGUGCCUAAGAAGGAGAGCACAGCGGCCGGUAUUCUGAGGCGAUUUAGCACCAGACGCCGAAGGGAACCCGAACGAUUGGACAAAGAUCGCUCACACCCGCCUAUUGUUCAGGUACACUCCCCUGCCGAGACCCCGGUCACGCCACGUAAGAGUUUCAGCAUUCGGAGGUCUCGACGCGAUCGAGACGAGGGUCAAGAUCAACGUCUACGUUCCGGCAGUAGCCAGCCUCAGCACCGGGAGCUUCUGAGCCCCCCAUUAUCAGCCGGAGGUAGCACGUCCGGUAGUAAACAGGGACUUGGGCGCUCCACUAGUGUGAACUCGGCCGACUUCAGGAGACGGCCAUUCGGAUCUGCCAACAGAGUAGCCAAGGACCCGCCGCCCACAAGUGGCUCGGAUCAGUCCACUACGAUCGAAAAGCCCACAACGGAGCAGAAAGCCGCGCUUAACGCGCGGGCAACCUCUAUGAGGGCGAAGUCACUGGGUCAUGCUCGAAGGGAAAGCAUUCAGCAGAGGAGACUUCGGAGGGAAGGGGCACGUGCGGCUGAUGUGCCUGAGGAGACUGACCAGGACGUAGGCGACGCCAGUGGAGCUUCGGCAGAGCGUCUGGACGACUCGGAGUUGGCGAAGCCCGUCUUUUUGAAGGGUCUCUUCAGCGUUUCGACUACAUCCACGAAAUCGGUGCCGGCGAUACGGACAGAUGUGAAGAGAGUACUCAAUCAACUCGGCGUGGAAUACACGGAAAUUCGCGGGGGGUUCAGCUGCCAGCACGCUCCUAGCAUUGAUCUCAGGAAUGCGCCUGCCAGCCCGCCACUACCAAACAAUCGCCCCCGACGACUCAGCCUCGGCAUUAGAGCCGAGAGGGAACGGGAAGAGAUUCGGGAGAUGGACAGAGGUGCGGCGACACCACGAACACCGGGAAAGGGCCCGGAGAGAAGUGAUUCGAACUCGGAGGUUUCAGACGAGGAUACGAUGGACCGAGAUCCCGGUGGCUCUUCCAGAAGAGUACCUGGUGAAACCACGACACAGGUGCAAAGCGACUUGGGCGGAAACAUGCUGCUGGAAUUUGACAUUCUCAUCGUCAAGGUGCCCCUGCUCUCAUUGCAUGGCAUCCAGUUCAAGCGCAUCGCGGGCAACACGUGGCAAUUUAAGAACAUGGCAGACCAAAUUCUGAAGGAGGUGCGCCUAUAA